AUGAGUUAUCAUAGAACAAAUGGUGAUCCAAACCACUUACACCCAAAUUACAACAACAACACUAGCUCAAACCUAUAUCGAAUGCCAUCGGAUGACUAUGAUGAUGACGAUGCUGCUGCUGAUAAUCUGUCAUUGGAGUUUUUGGAUCAUAAUGUUAGCCACAUGAGUACUACACCACUAACCCAAGGAGUUUACACCAACCAUCAUCAUCACCGUAAUAUGUCAUCGUCAAACUCUAUAAACUUCAAUGAUUCAGUACCGCCUCCUAUUUAUCAGCAGAAUUUAUCAACUUCGUCUUUACACCAUGACACAAGCUACUAUAAUCAACCCAUUUUCAAUGCACCACCACAAGUGCAAGUACCAGGUGACCCGUUUCAUGAAGAUUACGAGAUGCAAUAUCAAGGGUACGACAACAACUACAAUCACGCAUUUGUUCCCCAUGUAUACUCUGAUGAUGAUCAAGAAGAAAGAGAGUUUGAUCAAAGAAUACAGUAUAAUCAAUUUGAAGGUGAUCAUUAUGAUUUAGCCACUGCCAGUUAUGUUGAUGAUGAUGUCCAACCAGAGUUUGUUCCUGUUGAGAACUUAAUUGAUGAAGAAGAGGAGAUGGUACCCGAUAGUCCAUUUGGUGACAAUGUCCAAUUUGAACAACCACCAGACCAAGAAGAAGUUAGAGCCAAGAAACCAAUUAGAGCAUCGGGUAUCAACGGUCACUUAGUACUUGACUGUCCAGUUGCUGGUGAGUUGUUGUCCAAGUUCCCUGAUUACAACGCGGAUGAAAAAGAUGGUGGGUUAUCGCGAGAGUUUGCAUUUAUGAGAUAUACAGCAGUCACUUGUGGUCCAUCAAAUUUUUAUCGUGAUGCAUAUAUUCUUAGACCAGUACACUAUCCUAUCCCCAGACAAACGGAAAUGAUGAUUGUAAUCACAAUGUAUAAUGAAGAUGAUGUAUUACUAGGAAGAACUUUGAAAGGUGUUUUCAAAAAUAUCAAAUAUCUUGAAUCUAAAUCAAGAUCUUCAACUUGGGGUAAAGAUUCUUGGAAAAAAAUUGUUGUUUGCAUUGUUAGUGAUGGAAGAACCAAAAUUAAUGAACGUGCUCAGGCAUUGUUGGCAGGGUUGGGAGUUUAUCAAGAAGGAUUGGCCAAGAGUAGAGUUGAUGACAAGAAAGUGCAAGCUCACAUGUAUGAAUACACUACUAGAGUUGGAAUCAGUUCAGUUUCUGAUGAUGUUGUCAAACUCACAACCGAAAAAAUUGUCCCUGUACAAAUGCUAUUUUGUCUAAAAGAAACCAAUGCUAAAAAGAUUAAUUCACAUCGUUGGUGUUUUCAAGCAAUUGGACAAGUAUUGGACCCUAAGAUUGUAGUACUAUUGGAUUGUGGUACUCAACCAACGGGGAAAUCACUUUACAAAUUGUGGAAAGAAUUUGAUAAUGAUCAUCGAGUUGCUGGUGCAUGUGGGGAAAUCAUUGCUUCAUUGAAAAAGAGACAAAUUGUCACCAACCCCUUAGUGUAUGGUCAAAACUUUGAAUACAAGAUUUCAAACAUUUUGGAUAAGCCAACCGAAUCUUCAUUUGGAUUUAUAUCGGUGUUACCUGGUGCCUUUUCCGCCUAUAGAAAUAUUGCUUUACAAAACGAUAUCAAUGGUAGGGGACCCUUGGAAAAAUACUUCAAGGGAGAGUUUUUACAUUCCUCGGGUGAAUUAGAUCCUCAAGAUGAUGAAUACGAAAUGAAACGAACUUUACUUAAAGAAGAGGCAGGUAUCUUUACUUCAAAUAUGUACUUGGCUGAAGAUCGAAUCUUGUGUUUUGAAUUGGUGGCAAAACAAGGAUGUAAUUGGGUGUUGCGAUAUUGUAAAUCUGCAAGAGCCGAAACUGAUGUUCCUGAACGAUUAGCUGAAUUCAUCUUGCAAAGGAGAAGAUGGCUUAAUGGAUCUUUCUUCGCUGCCAUUUACUCAUUGGUGCAUUUUUUCAAAGUUUGGAAAAGCUCCCAUUCUUUUAGUCGCAAAAUAUUCUUGCAUGUGGAGUUUUUUUAUCAAUUGAUUAAUUUGGUCGUGUCGUGGUUCUCCAUUGGUUCUUACUUUUUGGUUUUUCGAAUCUUGACGACAUCAUUAUCCAACUCAGAUUUGAAUUUUGCUCCGGGCAAUGUGCUUUCAGUGAUUUUCCUUUGGUUGUAUCUCGCGUCAAUUGUAACGACAUUUGUCCUUAGUUUUGGUAAUAAACCCAAGGGUACUGAACGAUUUUAUAUUGUCAUUGUGAUUUUCUUUGCUAUAUUGAUGGCAUAUAUGAUUUUCGCUGCGAUUUUCCUUGCUGUUCAUUCAAUCACCCAAAUUUAUAAAGAACAAUCGUUUUCAGUGCUGUUGUUUUUUGAAAAUGCUCAAUUUAGGGACUUGAUUGUGGCAACUGCAUCAACUUAUGCCUUAUAUUUCCUUGCAUCAUUCUUGUACUUUGAACCAUGGCACAUGUUUACUUCAUUUAUUCAAUAUUUGCUCCUAUCGCCAUCUUAUAUCAAUGUCCUCAAUAUUUAUGCAUUUUGCAACAUUGAUGAUGUGUCUUGGGGCACCAAGGGAGAUGUUGGUGGCAAGUCACUUGGUGAAGCAAAAUUACGUGAAGAUGGUACUUUUGACGUUAGUGUGCCCAUCCUCAAGGAGGAAAUCAAUCAAUCUUACCUUAACCAAUUGGAAAAAAUUAGAGAUCCAGCACCACCGCCGGAGAAACACGUUGAAGUCAACACUGAAGAUUAUUAUGCAUUUAUCAGAUCAAUGACGGUACUCAUUUGGAUGAUUUCCAAUUUCGUCAUCAUUGCCGUAGUGUUGGAGACUGGCGGUUUUAAUCAAUUAGAUGGCACGGCUGACGAUGGCACAGAUACUACUACAAAGACUACACGACUGGAAAUUUUCUUGACGGUGAUUUUGUGGACGGUUGCUUUUAUGGCAUUGUUUAGGUUCCUUGGAUGUAUUUAUUACUUGAUUAGUCGAUUAGGAAGAAGAAUGAGACGCAGUGAACAUGCAACUAAAUAG